AUGAGCGGCCAUUUUCGUACCACCCGGAAGCGUCUCCAAGGGUACCAAAGCCCAGCAUCGCACCCCUCGACGGAGCGGUUCGAAAAUGUCACCAGCUUCCGUGAUCGUCUUCGUAGCCUCGACGACACCCCAACUCGUCCCCAGAAAAAGCAGCGGGUCGAGCGCCCCGACCCUUUCUUCAAUGUGUAUGAACAGCUCGGCGCCUGCUUUGCCCUGGAACCGAGUCCUCCUUCUACGACUGCCACUCGUCUCCCUACGCGUAUGAAGGAAAAGGCGGCGUCGCCAAGCGACGUUGGAUUGGCAAAGCAAUUUACCGAGGCCUUUACGCAGGCUGGCGUAGAUCUUCAUGCUUCCGCUUUGGAAAACCUAGCCCAGGCUCGGAGUCAGGUCAUGAAAAAGAUGUCUGCCUUCGGAGGGAAAGUAUCAAAGACUCUCGACCAGCAACAUGCGCUUUACGAUAGUAUUUCUUGGCCUUUAUCCUCGACUCUCUGCUCUAGCGGCCAGAUCCCAAAAGCAACAAUAGAGAAACAUUUGGCGAACCUAGAGCAGCAUGUAAAGGCGGCGGAAGAGAAGCUCCAGAUCCUCGGGCAGGAAUAG